AUGGCUAUUUCUAAAAUCUACGCAAGAUCAGUUUACGACUCACGUGGUAACCCAACUGUUGAGGUUGAAGUUACUACCGAAAAGGGUUUGUUCAGAUCCAUUGUUCCAUCUGGAGCUUCCACUGGUGUCCACGAAGCUUUGGAAUUGAGAGAUGGUGACAAGUCUAAGUGGUUAGGUAAGGGUGUUACCAAGGCCGUUAACAAUGUUAACCAAAUCAUUGCUCCAGCUUUGAUUUCUGCUAACGUUGAUGUCAAGGACCAAAAGAAGGUCGAUGAGUUGAUGUUGACUCUAGACGGUACUCCAAACAAGAGCAAGUUGGGUGCUAACGCCAUCUUGGGUGUUUCCAUGGCUGUUGCUAAGGCUGCUGCUGCCGAGAAGAACAUUCCAUUGUACCAACACUUGGCUGAGUUGUCCGGUGCUUCUACCGAGCCAUUCGUUUUGCCAGUUCCUUUCUUGAACGUUUUGAACGGUGGUUCUCACGCUGGUGGUGCUUUGGCUCUACAAGAAUUCAUGAUUGCUCCAACUGGUGCUGAGAGUUUCUCUGAGGCUUUGAGAAUGGGUUCCGAAGUUUACCACAACUUGAAGUCUUUGACCAAGAAGAGAUACGGUGCUUCUGCUGGUAACGUUGGUGACGAAGGUGGUGUUGCUCCAAACAUUCAAACCGCUGAAGAAGCUUUGGACUUGAUUGUCGAUGCUAUCAAGGCUGCUGGUUACGAAGGCAAGAUCGACAUUGCUUUGGACUGUGCUUCUUCCGAGUUCUUCAAGGACGGUAAGUACGACUUGGACUUCAAGAACCCAGAAUCCGACUCCUCUAAGUGGUUGACCGGUGAACAAUUGGCCGACCUAUACGCUAGAUUGGUUCAAAAGUACCCAAUUGUCUCUAUUGAAGACCCAUUCGCUGAAGAUGACUGGAGUGCUUGGUCUCACUUCUACAAGAACGCUGGUGUUCAAAUCGUCGCUGAUGACUUGACUGUCACUAACCCAACAAGAAUCGCUGCUGCCAUUGAAAAGAAGGCUGCUGACGCUUUGUUGUUGAAGGUCAACCAAAUCGGUUCUUUGUCCGAAUCUAUCCAAGCUGCUAACGACUCUUACGAUGCUACUUGGGGUGUUAUGGUUUCCCACAGAUCUGGUGAAACCGAAGACACCUUCAUUGCUGACUUGGUUGUUGGUUUGAGAUCUGGUCAAAUUAAGACCGGUGCUCCUGCUAGAUCGGAAAGAUUGGCUAAGUUGAACCAAUUGUUGAGAAUCGAAGAAGAGUUGGGUUCUAAGGCUAUCUAUGCCGGUAAGAAGUUCCACAACGGUAACAAGUUGUAA